AUGAAAAGAGACGGAGCGAAGCUCGCAAAUGACACCAUAAGAACAUUUCACUACAAUACUCGAUCCUCUUCGAAACUCAAUGGAAGCAGAGCAAUCUCCGACACUGACAGAGUCGAGACCAGCGACGCAAUCGUGGAUUCAACAUCACCACCGGCGUCACUUAGGGUUACACGGCGAAGGAAGAAGAUUUCAGAUGACCGGAGAGCAAGCUCAGUGGUGCUUCCGAUUGACACCAUCAUUGAAGUAUUCAAACGAUUACCGGUCAAAACCCUAGCGAGGUUCCUCUGUUUGUCGAAGCUCUGGGCAUCAAUCAUCCGCAGCCCAAAUUUCAAGAAAUUGUUCCUCGCCGUCGUCGCCGAGUCUUCGAAUCGACCUGGUAGUCUCCUCUUCUACUUCCCGUACAGCGAAGGUAACUUCCUUUUGUCGUCGCUUCAAACACAGGAUCCAGGUGAAGCCUCUGUAGCUACUUACCAUAUGCCGAAUCCUGCGUAUAAGCGGACAACGAAUUUAACCUCUGUUCAUGGUUUGAUCUGCUAUGAAACUGCUUGUGGCUCUGGGCUUGCCGUGUACAACUCCAGCACCAGAAGAUCCAUCACAUUGCCCAAAUUCGAACCCGGAAAUUUUCUCAUUCAACACUACUUAGGCUAUGAUCCUAUCGAUCAUGUUUUCAAAGUGUUGUGUAUCACCGGACCAAUGACCGCAUCAAAGAUUCAGUUGGAGAUGGCACAAUCAAAGCUUGUUGCACAGGUUUUGACAUUGGGAAGUGAGACUUCAUGGAAGAUGAUUGAAGUGAGUCACACUCACUUUCCUUACAGUAGCCAGAUAUGUGUCAAUGGUGUUGUCUAUUAUGUAGCUCGUGCUGGCGCAGAGUGCAAGGAAGUUGCGUACAUGAGUUUUGAUGUUAGGUCUGAAAAAUUUGAUCUUAUUGAGAGACCUAGCGAUUCUGUGGUUCAGGGUUCAACCCUGUUUAGGUACGAGGGGAAGCUAGCUAUCGUGUCCAGGGAAGUUCCUGCUGAUGGUAGUAUUGCUAUGUGGGUUCUAGAGGAUGCAGUGAAACAUGAAUGGUCUAAGAAGGUUUUUGUUUUGCCUAACUCCUGGAGAAGAUUAGCUCGGGGCAAGAGAACAUCAUUACAUACGUUUCAUCGUUUUGUUUCUGUCACCGACGCGGGUGAGCUUAUUCUGGCACCGACAAUUCUGUGUGUUCCUCGUCCAAUAUAUUAUGUUCUCUAUUGUGAUCCAGAAAGAAAUAGGGUGAGAAAGGUUGAGAUAGGAGGAAUCACAGAGCAUAACCUUAAGCUGCUACGUUGCAAGAAACGAAAUUUUUGUUCGGUAAUCCCUAUCUUCUCUAGUCAGGGUGAGAGUCUCAUGUUUCUGUAA